CCUCUUCUGUGACUGAUAUCAGCUCGGCGAUGAGCCAGAAUCAUGACAAAGAGCAGACCAGCGGCGAGAGUAGGGGCACGGGGGUGAAUGGCGACGAAGCCGAGCCGGGCAGGCAGCUGGAGCCGCAAGAGAUCGAUGAAGAAGCCGAGCAGGAAAAACCCGGCCGGGUCCAUGUCGCGCUUCGACUCUCUGCCGUCGUCUCUCUCCUCGCCUUUUCAGCCAUCUGGGGCGUCCUCACCCGCCUUGGCCUCAUCGCGCUCAACACCUAUUCAGGACAGAGUGUCACGCCCGUCAUCUGGGCGCAGGCGGUUGGCUGCUUCGUCAUGGGCUGGGCGCUGUCCAAUCGUAAGGCGCUCGAGGAAUGGUAUGCACCACUCUACGUCGCCAUCACGACGGGCUACUGCGGCUCCGUCACCACCUUUUCGACCUGGAUAGUAGAAGUCUUUCAGGCGUUUGGGAACCAAGAACACUGGGACAGGCAUGGACUGCACAAUGUCAUGGACGCCCUCACUCAGACGGCCGUCACUUUGGGCAUGUCGCUCGCCUCUCUGGCCGCAGGAAAGGCACUGGGGAAAGUGCUGCGGGUGGAUCCGGUCCUAAAGCGCUUGGGCAGAAAAUCGGGCUCGAAGCCAAGAAAGGGAAUGCACCCAGAGCGCGCAGCCGACGUUGCUGCCGUGCUAAUCGGCAUCGUCUUCUGGGCCGCGUCGGCGAUUCUCUGCGGUACAUAUGCUCCCUUUCGCAAAGUGGCGUUCUCCAUCGUCCUCGGACCCCCUGGUGCCAUCCUUCGGUGGUACCUGUCCCGCUUCAACUCGCACCCACGCUCCAAGCAGAGACCUCAUUGGCCCUUAGGGACCUUGUCCGCAAAUCUCAUCGCCACGGCGGUGCUCUGCGCCGUCUUUGUCGGCCAGCGGGUUGGGCGGGUUUCUGGCAGAGGCGGUGGAGGCGCCUACUCUGUCACUGGUUGCUACGCCCUCUAUGGCGUCGAGGAAGGCUUCUGCGGCUGCCUGAGUACCAUCAGCACCUUUGCCCAGGAGCUGGCCACAAUCAAGCCAGAGCGGCGCGCCGUCUUGUACGCCGUGGCGAGCUGGACCUUUGGCAUUCUCAUCUGCAUCCUUCUCAUCGGAGCUCCUUGGUGGAGCAUCGGAAUGGACGGCAGCUGCGUGGGCGUCACGCUGUAGGAAUAUCUCUAGAUACCAAUCUGUAAUACAUUGACACCCCCCGAGGUAUACCCAGAAUGGAAUUCCAGUUUGUCCCGUCUACUGAGCCUUGGACGACUCGAUGGCAUCGCGCGCUGCCUUUGCUUCGUCUGACUCGGCAAUGUCUCCUUCCAGUCCUUCCAGGAUGUUCUGAAGGUCUGCGACGGCCGCCUCGAGGCGCUUCUUGCAGUCGGGGAUCAUCUGGAGGCAGUCCUGAAGGACCUCCUUUUGCUUCUUGACUUCCCACUCCUCCU